CGACAAAAUAUUUUUUUUUCAUUAAAUGUGUGCACUUGUUACAUUUACAAGCUUUGCUUUAGCUGCGACAUCAGCAGUUUUGCUCGUAUUGGCAGCAACUAAUGGAAAAUUAAAGAACAACACAAUGCCAUCACAGACAAACAAUAUCGAAAAUUCUAAUUACACAAAUCUGCUUGAUCCAGACGGUCCCAGUGUACAGUUUAUUUUAUUCACCAGGAGCCAUCCUCCAUUUAAUCUUCGAAUGAAUGAUCUCAAUGGAUUUACAAAUUCAGGAUUCAACAUCAGCAAUCCUGUGAAAAUAAUUAUUCAUGGAUUUCAAAGUAGCAUAGAAGAAGACAUUUUUGUGGUCAACAAAAAUGCUUAUUUAGAUUCGGGUGAUUACAAUGUAAUUGGUAUGGAUUGGUCCGUUCUCUGCGAAUUUGAGUACUUAUCAGCCAUCAGCGGAGUGCGAAAAGCUGGUAAAGUUUUAGGGCAAUUUCUCAAUUGGUUGUCUUUACUUGGAGUAGACUACAAUAAUAUCCACCUCGUUGGACAUAGUUUAGGGGCGCAUGUGGCAGGCAUUGGAGCGCAUGAAGUAAAAAACGGAAAAAUUGGACGAAUAACAGGUUUGGACCCUGCAGCUCCCGGUUUUAAGGACACAGAAGCUAAAUUAAAACUAGAUGCAAAUGAUGCAAAAAUGGUCGAUGUCGUACACACAUACAUGAAAGUAUUAAGCCUUGCACAACCUGUUGGUCAUGUUGAUUUUUACCCCAAUGGCGGAAGGCGCCAACCUGGUUGUCCUGAAAUAUCUGACAUCUGGAAGUUUACUGAAAGUGUGAUUUGUAACCAUGCUCGAGCUUAUUAUUAUUUUGCCGAAUCAAUAAGGAACAAAAGGGCUUUCAGGAGCAACAAAUGCAACAAUGUGGAGGAAGCUCUUCGAAUGCGUUGCAUUCAAACUACAAAUGUUUACAUGGGGCAGGUCGACUCUUAUAAGAACGGGUUAUAUUUUUUCAGGACCAAUCCCAAGAAACCCUACAGUUUAAGUCGGUGAAUUAUUAAUAUUUAGUGAUCCACAACCGGGAAAAUAUAUCAGCCUUUAUU